CGCAUUCGUCCCGACCGCAUACGACAACCGUGUGUAGCAUAAACGCGUUCGUUCACUGGUUGGUUGAGUCACAUUUUUCAAUUGAAGUUUGGUUUUUAAGUUAUUUUCAUAUAUUUGUGAGCCGAAAUGUCUGUCCAUCAAGACAAUGAAAACAGCGCCGUGACGGUGGCUCCUCACCCCACGUGCAUGGAAUCAGUAAACAGAAUCGCAAAAUUGCCUGUAGUCGAAUCAACAAUCCAAACCGCCACUAAUAUAUACGAAAAAGUUAAGGAUUACAACAGCGUAACCAAUUGGACUUUAUCAACAGCUGAAAAUACGGUCCACAAAGCGGUCGAAAUCAGCAAGCCAAUUACCACCCCCGUAAUGAAAAAUCUAGAAGGACCGAUCAAAAAAGUAGAUGGUGUGCUUUGCACUGGUCUCGAUUAUGUCGAAAGUAAAGUCCCAGCGGUUAAAUUACCCCCCAAAGAACUGAUUCUGCAGAUCUAUAACAGUACCAAGGAAUACGUCGAUCAGCAUGUAACCCCGACUGUAGAAUCGGCUUACGCCUAUGCCGAGCCCGCAGUAAAGACUGCUAGAAAUUUGGUGGAGCCUGCUGUGGAGAAAGUGCGUAAUGUUGUGGAGCCUGUCGUAGAACCAGUCGUUGAAAAUGUCAAACAUAAAGUUGAAGAAUAUUUACAUCGCGGGAGUGAAUCUACAACGCAGGAAGAACAUAACAGCUCAACCGAUAGCGCAGACAACAGCAGAAAUUCUUAAUCCUUAUGUCAUGGUAGACCUACUUUAUUUUUUUUAUGUAUUUUGUUUUUAGUUUUACCGUCAGAAAUUCAUUGUAUAAGCAAUCUAAUUAAGACUGUCUUUGUUAUUUUAUCGUAAGUUAAUAAAUUGUAUAAUGUGAAAUAUAAAAAUUGUAGUAAAAACCUUGUUGAAA